CUUGUUUGUGGCGGUUUCCCGGGAUCGACCAGUUAAUGGGAGACUGGGCUGUUUUAACUGCCGGCGGCGAUGCGUUCUGGUGCAGCGGUCAGGGCCUGCCAGAAAGUCUGCAGGUGCCUGUUGUCUGGGUUUGGAGGUCGAGUGGAUGGGGGGCAGCCUGAGCCGUUACUGGAAGGGAGUUUUUCCUUCGGAGUGCCCGUGAGGUCGCACGCGGAGCUGCCCCGGGGGAGCGAGCCGACCGAAGCCCCCGAGUCCGGUGAGGGGAGCGAGGAGCUGGUAGAGAUCUGUCAGAGAAGGCAUUUCUUCAGUGGCAGCAAGCGGCAGCUUAGCCGACAUUCUCUUCUGAGCGGGUGCCACCCCGGCCUUGGCCCCUUGGGCAUAGAGUUGCGCAAGAACCUGGCAGCAGAAUGGUGGUCCUCAGUGGUGGUGUUCAGGGAGCAGGUCUUCCCGGUAGAUGCCCUCCAUCAUAAGUCUGGCCCUACGCUGCCUGGGGACAAUGCCUUCAGGUUAGUUUCCGCAGAAACUCUACGCGAAAUCUUGCAAGACAAAGAGCUGAGUAAGGAACAGCUAAUAGCAUUUCUUGAAAACUUAUUAAAAACUUCUGGGAAACUACGGGAGAACCUUCUUCACGGUGCUUUGGAGCACUAUGUUAAUUCCCUGGAUCUGGUAAACAAGAGACUACCUUAUGGCCUUGCUCAGAUUGGAGUGUGUUUUCAUCCUGAUACUAAGCAGACAUCUGAUGGUGUUAAAAGAAUCGGUGAGAAGACUGAGGCUUCACUGGUUUGGUUUACUUCAGCAAGAACUGCAGGCCAGUGGCUUGAUUUCUGGUUACGUCAUCGACUCCUGUGGUGGAGAAAGGUAUACCCUUAAUUUACGAAUUAAUAGGUGAAGUGUCUUAGUGUGUCAGAGAUAAUACUUCUCUACAAUAAAUGAAAUUUUAUUGAUAUGGGGCUGUUAUGUUUGUAAGAGACAGCUCUAAUAAAUCAGUAAGUACAAAUAAAAGCCUCUUUGUAAUGAUUUUCAUUGUUCCAUAUAAAAAGUUACUUUGUUAAAAAAUAUCUGUUGAUGUCUCUCCUGCUCAGAAGCUUUUGUCCAUAAGCCUUUGCAUUCGAGGUAGAGUUCAGAUGCCUCACCUGGCAUUCCUGGCUGGUAUAGAGUUUGACCUUUGCACACCCUUAAAGCUUCAACCUUUGCUCACUGCCUCCGUCCAUGAACUCUCCAUAUUUGUCAAGAUGGUUCUGUGAUUUAUCAUCAAGUUUUAGUACAUGCUGAAGAGGAAAGAGUAGGUAUUUGUGGCUCACCAUUGUCUUGCUUUUCUCCAAUUCUUAAAAUCCCCAAACACCCACUCAAUUAAGUGGAAUAAUUACAAAUAAUCACACUCUUCACAGAGGAUAAGAAUGGUGAGUAUACACUUUCUUCUCUAUCCCUCUUAGUUUAUGGUCACCUUCCCUUCUUAUUAACUGGCCAAAAAAAGCUAGAUCACUCCAGCAGUUUUUCUCUGUAGUUCUUUCAGGCUAAAAACAGUAUUUUUAGCAAUACAUUUGCUCAUAUUUAACUGAACUUCAUAGUUUUUAUAUGGGACCUGACCAGUUUCAUUCAGUGGCCACAUAAAAGUCUCAGGUAACUUUACGUUUUAACAUUUAGUUUCAUAAAUUAAUAAAACAAACUUUCUUGGGGUGCCUGGGUGGCUCAGUCGU